CUCGAUAACCGCACUACGGGCGUGUGGCGGCACGUGUCCAUGUGGUCCGCCGUAAGGGCCCGAGAGCUAGGACACAGAUGAAGGAGGCUGGCUUGCGACCCCGAGCCGAAGCGACGGGGUCGGCAACGAAGGCGCGGGGUGAGAUGCGCGCGACGGCCGCGCGGUGGCGCGCCAGUCGCAUGCUCGCGCCUAUCGGGGCGGCUGCCAGUUCGGUGUCUCGAUUCUGUACCCGCUUCUCACGCACCCGUAUUCUGUUUUGAACUGUUCUGGAAUUGUUUUUAUUUUAUUUAGUGCUCUUUUGUGCUUCAGUUGAGUUGCAAUAGUGGUGGAGGAGAUAGACUGAGGUGGAUAUAUUUUUUUGCGAAAAGUGUUUUUCUUGUUUGUACGAGGGAGUUUGAGGAGCCGGCAUCGGGCGGGCUCCGGUCGUAGUGGCAAGUCGGUGGAUGGUGCGGCGCGGGCGGGCGCCGGGGUGCGGCCGGCGGCGCCGCUAGCAAAAUGUCGAUACCCCUGGGCCGGGAGACCGUGCUCCCCACGCAGUGCAUGGCGCGAGCAUUAUACGACAACAUAGCGGAGUCGCCUGAUGAGCUGGCCUUCCGUCGCGGCGACCUUCUCACCGUGCUAGAGCAGAACACGGGCGGCAGCGAGGGGUGGUGGCUUUGCUCUCUCAGAGGGAGACAGGGAAUAUGUCCGGGAAAUCGAUUACGGGUAGUCGCAGGUGUGUUCGACGCGAGCAGCGCGAUGCAGAGGCGGCGUGCGCGUGCGCCGGCACCAGUGGCGCACCAGCCGAUGCCGGCGCAGCAGUCGCCGGCUUUUACUAAAAUUGAAGAGUGUUCCCUGUAUGAUGUUCCCCGAGCUCCAAUGCCAGUGCAGCGCAUCGCUACAUAUGACAGUCCGCGGCCAGUUCCCGUGGCGGACUGGUACGACGCACCCAGGGCUCCAAGGCCUGCCAGCGCGGACUCCGCUUGUAGUGGCACCGGCUCCCUAACCUCGGCCACAUCAAGUGCAUCAGCUAACUCUGGAAGCUCUGCACAUUCAGCCGCCUCGGCUUCGAGUACUUAUGACGUGCCGAGGUCGAGAGCGCUACCCUUGCCGUGUGAUGCAGCAUUGGAAGCAUUGGAAAGAUUACAGGAGGAAGCGUCAGCAGCAGUAUCGCGCUUGCUAUCGUACGUGACUCCGGGCUGGCGGCGGCGAGGCGCGCUCCGGCCGCGGGUGUUGGACGUCCGCGUGGCGGGCGCCAGGCUACGAGCGGCGCUGCACGACCUGGCUGUGUUUGCUGACGCUACGCUCGCUAAUGCGCACGAUGCACAAGACAAAGGUAUCGCAGUCAAACUAAGGCCGUUGGUUAAGGCUUUAAAAGACGCAGAGCGAAUAACACACGAGGCCACCAGCGCUCUGGACGCAGGGGACUGGGCGCCAGACCGGCUAGAAAGGGAUAGAGAACCCACAGAUGGGACUUUGGAUGCGUUGGACCAGUUGGUCGCGUGUGCCAGGUCCCUUACAGAAGACGUUAGGAGAGCAGCAUCGUUUAUCAAUGGAAAUGCGUCGCUACUAUUCAGACGAUCAGCAACCGUUCCUGAGCACGAAUGGACGGAGGAGUACGACUACGUGCGGUUAGAGUCGCGCACAGCAGUAGGCCGACGGAAUGCGGAGAUCCGGGCCGCGUUGCCCGACAAACUCAGGGCUUCCUUUGAUGCGCUUGUACGGGAUGCGGACCAUGCUGGAGAGGUGAGCGCUGUCGCAGCCGCGACGCGAUUGCCGCCGGACGAUCGUCAACUAGCGGCGUUCUACGCAGCGCAGACAGCGACGUACGGCGCGCACUUGGCGACCGCUGUAGAGGCGUUCCUACGGACCAUAGAAAUGGGCCAGCCUCCAGACGUGUUCCUGGCUCAUGGAAAGUUCGUGGUGUUGAGUGCGCAUCGGAUAGUUCACGUUGGGGACACUGUGCAUAGGAGCGCCCACCACGCAGGCUUAAAAGCAAGAGCGCUAAGAUGUUCAGAUGCACUCUCCGACGCAUUAGCUACAACCGUAGCGAAGACGAAAUCCGCCGCGCAACAGUUCCCUUGCGCAAGCGCAGUCGCGGAAAUGGCCGACGCUGCAAGAACGUUAGCCGCCAGAGCGCAAGAGUUAAGAAGGGUGUUAGUGCGAGCUGCGGACCCUCCCCCCGCGCCCGUCGCCUCCCCUCUCACCCCCGCCACAACAGUCCCCCCUUCCACUGCCACUACUCCAUUGACGCCCCUCACACCACACAAUAAUCCCAGCAUUCCGUCAUUGGCGACUCUGCAGAUAUAAAAAUAGCCUUAGAGACAAACGCGAUGUGAUUAUUUCAGAAAAGUGCAAGUAAAGAGCGAAAUAGUCCUAGAUUGCUUUAGAAUAAGAAUCAAGUGCGAUCUAUGGCUGCGUUGAGUUAAACUCAACUAGGGCUUCAAACAAAUAGAAACGCGCCGAGUGAUAUUGACAGAAUUAAGUUGAGCGCCCGACGUACAAAAGAAAAACAUUGAAUACCUACGUUGGGAAAAAAAACUAUUAAUUUUAGGUCAAGAGGGUGAGUGCAUUGGUCAACCCUGCAGGACAAAGAUUCCAAAACGCAGGCGUUAAUAAUAAUGGAAGCCAGGAGUGUCUUCCUAUACCAUGAGCAAUGGUCGUGCUUUUAGCACUGUAUUACCAAAGAUAUCUUUAUGUGACACAACGUAGACUGCCGAUUAAGACGAUAACCAAGUUUCUAUUAGACAUUAAUAUACUUACUAACGAAGGCUGCCAUUAGUUUUCUUUGAACGAAGUUUACAUACUUGUACAGUAUUACCACUUUUGUAAGUCGCCUUGGCAAUAUUCGACGGCACAGAAUAGUGCAACCUACCGCCAAAUCAAAACGAAUGAAACCCCAAUAAAAUAACGACCUUAUUAGAAGUAGGUACAUUAAACUUAAAAACCAAAAACAAAAUGUCUCUUGCAUCUCGCUCAUAAAAGUAGUACAAUAACGGACAAUUGAGUUCGCGGGUUCCAAUGGCGCGUUUUGAUAAGCGCAAACGCCCAAAUAUUUUCGCGCCAUUCGAAAAUUAAGACUACUGCGGUCGGUUUACCUUAUAAAGUGGUUAUACUGUAAAGUGAGUUUUUGAUUGGAUGCUCAUUUGCUGUAGUGAGUUGAGUUGUCCGUCCAGUUUUUUACAAUUUUGCAACAGUGUCGUUUAUUAUAUUUGUAGUAAAUGUGGAUUUUACGCGACAGUUUAGUCGUGGCUAGUUUACAACGAUAUAAGAGAACCAUUCGUAAGUACAAAAACUAUUAGGCUAAGUGAAAAUGGCAGCGUAUGGACGUAAUAGUGAAUUCGGUGGCUUUAUCACAAAUUAAAAAAUCGCGACAGCAAACUGUUAAAGGGAAAUUUCCAUGGGAUUGUGAAAGAUACAUACACAAUUGAUGAAUUAUAUAUAUUCUUGAAGUUAUCUCUAAAAGUAUAAAGAAGCUAGUAAUCGAAAUUUUCGAUCAACUUUCUUACACGUGGCCAUUUGAACUUAAUAUGGAUUUUAACCGCUUUAUAAAUUUAACAAUUUUAUAUUGUACUUAGUGACUAAGUGCGUUUUACACGCCUUUAGUAGUGUGUAUUCAUGUAACAUAAGUUUAUACAAAAUCAAUGUCUUCUUAUUGUUAGAGCCAUCUGUUGGCUGAGCUAAUUAAUUUAAACAGUAUAAAUUGUUAGACAGACGGUUUAUGUUUAAUGCGACAAUAUUUAUUAGUCCUGUUUUAUUUCAUUUCCUCUAUGCCUACUUUUUUAUACAUUGCAUAUUUGCAAAUAAAACUUGCAAAACUUUAUGUUAUUAAAAUAAAGUUUACAUAAAUAUGUAAUCAAAUUCGAACUAGAACAAAAAAUACCACAUUUCAUUAAGUGUUAAAAUGUACCUAUAAAAUAGCGAUUUAAUUAUUUCUGUAAAAAUCGCUAAGUAGUUGAAUUGAAUAAAAUAAGUACAUCAUCAUUCACAAAUAUAAGGGUACAUUCAAACACAUUGAGCCUUUACUGUUUUAAGUAUUAAUUAUACGGCAGUGGUAGCCAUAUAAGACACCAAAAAAUUAACCUUAUGUCGCAAUUUCAAGGUUCCUAAUUGCAUAUGGAGAAUAUAAAUUGAUAAACAACUUUUUUUAGCUUAAUGUGUUGCUCUCGU